AUGCCCUGCAAAAGCCUUGACGAUAGGAUCGGAAAGGUUCUCUGCAAUGGCCUGGGCGAUGCCCUCGGGAAGAUUCUCUCCAGGUCUGGCGAGUCGAUCGGCUAUGUCCUUCCAUACCUCCUCACACUGACCAACGGCACCGCUCAGAGUUCGCAAUUCGCUUGUGAUGGCCUCCUGAAUGUCAUGUACGCCAUCAACUAUGCUCAUCAAGGUCUCGCUAUUGGUCUCAGACGCACUCCCGGAGGUAUGUGCGGCGACGACCUGGACUGCGCUCCGUAUGCAAGUCUGUACUGCAUUCUGAAUACAGGCCUGGACGGCAGGUUGGACAGAAGUAUGAACUGCGUUCUGGAUAGAACCCCGGACUGCAUUUCGAAUACUAGCUUGGACAUCAAUUUGCGCAGCGCGUAUUUCGUUUCUUUCCGCCAUCCACUGCUCUCGCAGGAGGUCCAAAUCCUGGCCCAAUCCAAAUAA